CAGCCCCGGAAGUCGCGAGUCGGGGGCGGGCCCCGAGAGCGCGGAAGAUGGCGGAGGGCGGCCGCGCGGAGCCGGAGGAGCAGGAGCGGGGGUCCUCGAGGCCACGGCCCCCGAGUGCGCGGGACUUGCAGUUGGCCUUGGCAGGACUGUACGAAGAGGAAGUGAAGUGCAAGUCUUCCAAGCCUGACAGACCUACAGCUGCAGCCUGUAAGAGUCCACGAACACUGCCCCAUCGGCUUUAUUCAGGUGAACAGGAAUAUGGUGGAUUACAUAUAGUUCAACCUCCAACUGGGAAAAUUGUGAAUGAACUUUUCAAAGAGGCAAGGGAACAUGGGGCCGUCCCUCUAAGUGAAGCUACAAGAUCUUCAAGUGAUGACAAAGCCAAGUCAUUUACAGGUGGAGGAUACAGAUUGGGCAGUUCCUUCUGUAAGCGUUCAGAGUACAUCUAUGGAGAAAAUCAGCUGCAAGAUGUUCAAGUUUUGCUGAAGCUGUGGAGCAAUGGUUUUAGUUUAGAUGAUGGAGAAUUGAGACCUUACAAUGACCCAACAAAUGCUCAGUUUUUGGAAUCUGUUAAGAGAGGAGAGAUUCCUCUGGAGCUUCAGCGACUGGUCCAUGGCAACCAAGUAAAUCUGGAUAUGGAGGAUCAUCAAGACCAAGAGUAUAUAAAACCCAGAUUGCGAUUUAAGGCUUUUAGUGGAGAAGGGCAAAAACUUGGAAGUUUUGGCCGUUUUCAUGGAACUGUAUAA